GACUCUCUUCAUGCCUCACCACCUUGUCCCUCUCUGAAACUUCCUUUUCUGGUCUCCUUUCUUCCUCUCUCCCUUUUCUUCUUCCCCUUCACGUCGCCUUGCUUUUCCAUCCCCACUCCCCACUCUCCCUCUCCUUUUCCCUUCUUUUUAAAUCUCCUCCAAACCCCCUCUCUUCAACCUCACACUCAUUCUUCAUCCUCCUCCUCUCUCUGCAGCUUCUGCUUCAACUUUAUCAUCAAUGGAGGAGUACUACUAUAGGAGGAGUCACGUGCCAGCGUUUGGAAGCUGGGACUGGAACGAUAACCUUCCAUUUACAGAGUGCUUUGAGUCUGCCACACAAGGUGGCUUUUUCCGCUACACCUUCUCAGAUUCUGAUCACCAGGAUCGUGAUCUUUAUGUCGCCGGAGACUUGUACCAGAACGACGUCGUCACGCCUGCCAUGAUCGUCGUUCCUCGCCCAACAAAGACAAAGGUAAAAAAGAGACAAGCUGAGACAGGAGAAGAAAAGCAUAAGUGGGAGAGUGAGUUUGAAGGAACAAGAAGCAGCAGCACUAACACUGAUCACAUUAUUGGAGUGCCAAGGCCUGCACCUAAGCCUGUGGAUGAAGACUUGUACAGGAUCUCUCCUGAAUUGCUUUACCAAAAGCAUAGGAAGAAGAGAGGGUUGGGCAUCUUUUCCAGUUGUUUGCUGCCAGCCUGCAUUGCCUGAAACUUCACGUGGAAGAUCUGAGAAGCCAUUAAUGAAUGUACAUAAAGCAGAGACAGAGCACAUUAACAUAGAUGAAGAAAAGAUGAUGAUGAUGAUCCUGGCCAUGAUACACAAUUUGUUAGAGAGAGAUAUCUAAUUAUAUAUAUAUAUAUAUAUAUAUAUGGAUGUAUAAGCACGAUAUUAUUAAUUCUGAACCACUUCUUGAUUGAUCUUCUUCUUAAGGGGUUGUUUCAGAAUUUGAGUAUUUUUAAAAUGUAAUCCUUAGGGUCAGGAAUUGGGACUUUUGUGUGAAAAGCAGUGAAAGAGAGUAAAUUAAUGCUUCAUCUUUGCCAUGUUACCUUACUUAUUUUGGCUGAACUUUCAAGAUUUAAUGUAAAGAUUGAAACAAUCUUGUUCUA